AUGGCUGACACCCUCGACAUGUCGCUCGACGACAUCAUCACCAAGAACAAGCACCAUCACCGCCGUGGCCGCCACAACCCAGCGUCCGCCGCCUCGGGAGGAUCCGCGCACCCACGCCGCCGCUUCCGCAGCCGCGCCGCCACCCGCGCCGUCGCCGCGCCCUACCACCAACUCAGCCUCCCGCAACAGGUGCCGCCGGCUUUCGGAUAUGUUGCCCAGCCGAUGGCCAUGGUGACGGCGCCGUCUGCCUUGGACUCGCCCACCAAGCUCUACAUCUCCAACCUCGACUACAACGUCUCCAACGAGGAUAUCAAGGAACUGUUUUCUGAGAUGGGUGAAAUCCAGCGGUACUCCAUUAACUAUGACAAGAGUGGAAGAUCAAAGGGAACUGCAGAGGUUGUAUUUUCGGCAAGAUCAUCUGCCGUAGCUGCUCUUAAGAAGUAUAACAACGUGCAUCUUGAUGGCAAACCUAUGAAAAUUGAAGUCAUUGGGACAAACAUUGAGGCACCUGCACCCAUACCUGCUAUUUUCGCUUUGGCUCCAUCUCCUGGAAACUUCAGUUUUCCUUCCAAAGUGGACCUGGAAUGGGUGUUAGCGGUCGAGGAUGGUCUCGUGGUGGAGGUGGCUUCAGUGGUCGCAGCGGAGGUGGGUUCGGUGGUCGUGGCCGAGGGCGUACGGACCGUGAGCGAGGGAAGGGAGGGGGUCGCAUCCUGGAACUUUCUGCUGCAGAUCUCGACGCCGACUUGGACAAGUACCACUCGGCUGCAAUGCAAAUCAGCUAAAUGGAUCUGGCAUUGCAUUGCGUGUGUUCUUGUUUUUCUGUAG